GUGGGGUUGUGCAGGACUCGGGGGAGCCUGGGAGAAGGCUGGGCUUGAUACCCAACCCUGCAGUGACUGUCUCACCCACAGGAGGGACUGGAGGCUGCACAGCUUCUUGCUAAGCGCAGGAGAUUGAGUCUGAUGUACAAGGGAGGGGCUUACCUCGGGGCUCGGUACCAGCAGCACAGGGCGUGUUGACUGUGGUUUUCUGGGAUGAUGACUUCAAUAACUGUAUGUUGAGUGCUGUCAUAUUUCUAAAGAUGCUUGGCCUGGCUACCUCCACCAAACACUGUCCAAAUCUGGCCACCUACUCACUCAUCUGAGUUUGUGGUCUAGUGUUAGUCUCAAGCCUCUGAUGCCUAAUUGGGGUUUUCCAAGACUGGCAGGAGUCGGUUUGCACAAAGAGCCAGUGAGAGGCUGCCUUUUGCCUUUUUUACCCAAGGUAAGUCUAACAGUUGAGGUCCUGAGGGUUUGUCCCCAGAGUCUGGUUGUUAGUUGCUCUCUGUGGGGUUGGUGCUUGGGAAACCCAGUUGUCAGCGUGAGCUGCGGCUUGAUGGAGACACCUCUGCUCCUUGGGCCUGCAGACACCACCUGAAAGGAAGGACUAAGAAGCAGUGCUUUCCGAGGAAUUGCUCUGACCUCAGAUCACAUCAUUUGUGCAGUUCCUAAAUUCAGUGCCUAUGGAAGGGACCGCACAGCCCACUGUGGAGUCUGGUAAUGCUUGGCGGCAGCAGUCCCACAUUUUGCACCUCUGCAGCGCUACUUCUGAGGAAAGCAAGAAGGUUGAACCACUUCGCAGGCCAAGACUUUCCCAUUUGGGGGAAUUGGACGGGCUGUUAAGAUCUGACAAGUACAGUGUCCUAAACUGAAAGGUGCUGGGAAAAUCCAUGGCUGGAGCCGGAAGUCUUAGGAGAUGGAGCUGUCUCAGCUUACCACCCUAGUCUAUGUUCCCAUGGCGCCCAUGUCCUCCAGCCCACGCGGAACAGGGGAACAGGGAAAACAGCCCAACUACUACUGCUCUAGGGCUGACUCCCAAGGUUAUCUACGGAGAGGUUAACUCCCUUAUUUCUGGAAACAGAUUUCAAGAGGUCGUGCAAUGUUACUGGUGUAUUUUCUAAGACCUCUCCCCUUGCACCUGCCUUAGUUGCUUCAGGAGCUGCUUUCUGCUUGUGGGAGGAGGGAAGAGCUAUGGUGCGCUUUUCCCCAUCCCACGGUUUCUGUGGCUGACGCUGGGUCAAGUUCUGCGAUGCUCUAGCAACUCUCCCUGAAGAAAGCAAGCUUCCCCAAGGGGCCUGGGAACCUGGGCAGGAUUCCCCCUCGCCCCACUUCACCUCACUUCCGAAGAAGAGGUGCUGCCUCUGGAGGUGGAUAAGAGGGCACCGGGCACCGAAAGGGGACUGCUGCAAAUGAACCUGAACCAGAGGAUGCCCGGACGGGGCCUAGGGAGCGGUGUGCUUCUGUGCUCCGGAUUGUCAACCCCAGACUCCGGUCAGGAGGUGCCCUGGCCGAAGGAUGGGAGUCACCCAAGCCUAGUCCUGGAAUUGGGGGGAUACCACGUAAAGAGGCCGCUGGGUCAAGGCCCGGGACCGGGGCACCCAAGGACACUCCCUGCUAUUCCUGCUCCAUCAGCGUGGAUCCCUGCCAGGAGUGGCAGGCCUAGGUCCCGCCCAGCCUGCUAGAGUCAUGGACGGUGCGAGCCAGCCCGCAUCUCUAGAGGGCUCCGAUCUCUCCGCGUAGCUGAGGCCGCGCGGUGGCGCCAGAGCUCACCGCUGGGCCGCGCUUGCCCGCCUGCUGUGGGGUCACGUGGCGCGGGGCGGCGCAGUUCGAUGACGUACGCGCAGCGCCCUUCUCGCCCCGUCUGCCGCGGGGUCACGUGGCGCGGCCGGCGCAGCUAGAUAACGCGACGCCCUGCCCCUGGUCGCUGCUCCCGCCCCGCCCCGCCGCUACCGCGCCGAGUCCUUUUGUCCAAGAUGGCGGCGCCGGGGGCGCUGCCUCUUCAGCCGCCGCCGCCGCCGCUGUGAGGGGCCUGCGGGCCGCCCGCCCGCCCGCCGCGCCGGCGCCAUGAAGAGGCAGAGCGAGCGAGACUCGAGCCCGAGCGGGCGCGGCUCGUCAUCGUCGGCCAAGCGGCCGCGAGAGCGCGAACGGGAGGCGGAGGCGGGCGGGCGGCGGGCGGCGCACAAGGCCUCGGGCGGCGCCAAGCACCCCGUUCCAACGCGGACCCGCGACAAACCCCGCGGUACCGGGGGCGGCGGGGGUGGGCAUCGCGACGGCCGCGGCGCCGGGGACGCGAAUCACCGUGUGAGCAGCGGCCGCUCCUCGGGCUCGGGCGCUGGCGGCGGGGGACGCGGCGGCAAGGCCUCGGGGGACCCGGGCGCCUCAGGUGCUUCGCCCCGCGCAUCUCCUCUGCCGCCACCGCCGCCGCCGCCCGGGGCCGAGCCCGCGGGUCCCGGUUCGUCAGCGGCCGCGCCCGAGUACAAGACGCUGCUCAUCAGCAGCCUGAGCCCUGCGCUGCCCGCCGAGCACCUCGAGGACCGGCUUUUCCAUCAGUUCAAGCGCUUCGGAGAGAUCAGCCUGCGCCUGUCGCACACGCCUGAGCUGGGCCGCGUGGCCUACGUGAACUUCCGGCACCCGCAGGACGCGCGCGAGGCCCGCCAGCACGCUCUAGCCCGCCAGCUGCUGCUCUACGACCGCCCGCUCAAGGUGGAGCCCGUGUACCUGCGUGGCGGCGGCGGCGGCGGCGGCGGGAGCAGCCGGCGAAGCAGCAGCAGCAGCGCCGCCGCCUCCACGCCGCCCCCCGGGCCACCCGCACCCACCGACCCGCUGGGCUACCUGCCGCUGCACGGCGGCUACCAGUACAAGCAGCGCUCGCUGUCCCCUGUGGCCGCCCCGCCACUGCGGGAGCCCCGCGCCCGCCACGCCGCUGCAGCCUUUGCCCUCGAUGCCGCCGCUGCCGCCGCCGCCGUAGGACUAUCUCGGGAGCGGGCCCUGGACUACUACGGGCUGUACGACGACCGCGGGCGUCCCUACGGCUACCCCGCCGUGUGUGAGGAGGACCUGAUGCCUGAGGACGACCAGCGGGCCACGCGCAACCUCUUUAUCGGGAACUUGGAUCAUAGUGUGUCUGAGGUGGAGCUGCGACGGGCCUUCGAGAAGUACGGCAUCAUUGAGGAGGUGGUCAUCAAGAGACCUGCCCGUGGCCAGGGCGGGGCAUAUGCCUUCCUCAAGUUCCAGAACCUGGACAUGGCCCACAGGGCCAAGGUGGCCAUGUCGGGCCGGGUGAUUGGCCGCAACCCCAUUAAAAUAGGUUAUGGCAAGGCCAACCCCACCACUCGCCUCUGGGUGGGUGGCCUGGGACCUAACACCUCAUUGGCGGCUCUGGCCCGGGAGUUUGAUCGCUUUGGGAGCAUUCGGACCAUUGAUCAUGUCAAAGGAGAUAGUUUUGCCUACAUCCAGUAUGAGAGCUUGGACGCAGCCCAGGCUGCUUGUGCUAAAAUGAGGGGCUUUCCCUUGGGUGGUCCAGACCGCAGACUGCGCGUGGAUUUUGCCAAAGCAGAGGAGACUCGGUAUCCCCAGCAGUACCAGCCCUCACCCCUUCCUGUGCAUUACGAGCUUCUCCCAGAUGGAUAUACCCGGCACCGAAACCUGGAUGCGGACUUGCGGGUGCGGGAUAGGACCCCCCCACACCUCUUGUACUCAGACCGAGACCGGACCUUUUUGGAAGGGGACUGGACCAGCCCCAGUAAAAGCUCUGACCGCCGAAACAGCCUGGAGGGCUACAGCCGCUCAGUGCGCAGCCGGAGUGGUGAGCGCUGGGGAGGAGAUGGGGACCGGGCCUUACCCAAGCCCUGGGAGGAGAGGCGGAAGCGGAGGAGCCUUUCCAGUGACCGCGGGAGGACAACCCACUCCCCUUACGAGGAACGGACCAGGACCAAGGGUGGUGGGCAGCAGGCAGACCGAGGCUCUGACCGCACCCCUGAGCGCAGCCGCAAGGAAAACCACUCCAGUGAAGGGACCAAGGAGUUGAGCAGCAACUCCCUCAGCAACAGCAGACAUGUUGCUGAGGAGCGGAGCCACCACCACCACCAUGAAGUUCCAGAUUCUUCCCACGGGAAGAAGACACGAGAGAGCGAGCGCAAUCAUCGGACCACUGAGGCUGAGCCCAAGGCUCUUGAAGAGCCAAAACACGAGACCAAAAAGCUCAAGAAUCUUUCGGAGUAUGCCCAGACACUGCAGCUGGGUUGGAAUGGGCUUCUAGUGUUGAAAAACAGCUGCUUCCCAACAUCUAUGCACAUCCUAGAGGGGGAUCAGGGGGUUAUCAGCGGUCUCCUCAAAGACCACACUUCUGGGAGUAAGCUGACCCAGCUGAAGAUUGCCCAGCGCCUUCGACUGGACCAACCCAAGCUCGACGAGGUCACACGGCGCAUCAAGCAGGGGAGCCCGAAUGGCUAUGCGGUGCUCCUAGCCACCCAGGCAACUCCCAGUGGGCCUAGCACUGAGGGGAUGCCCUCGGUGGAGCCAGGCCUACAGAGGCGGCUUCUCAGGAACCUAGUCUCCUACUUGAAACAGAAGCAGGCAGCAGGGGUGAUCAGCCUGCCAGUGGGGGGGUCCAAGGGCAGAGACAGCACAGGCAUGCUCUAUGCCUUCCCGCCCUGUGACUUUUCACAGCAGUACCUCCAGUCAGCACUAAGGACAUUGGGCAAGCUAGAAGAAGAACACAUGGUGAUAGUGAUAGUAAGAGACACUGCCUAGCCCAAACCUGUCUUUUCCAGCUCCAUGUUUGUGUCACAAAAGCAGUUAUUUUAAAAUCUGAUCUUCCCCCCUGCCCCCAUCCUAUCCCCUUGGUUUGAAUUCUCUGCUGGGUUAUUUUGGUUCAUUUGGUGGGUGACCAAAGUCCUGUUCCCCACCAAAACUAAGGUCUUAGGUUUGGGGGUGUUUUUUUUUACAGCGAUGAGAAGGGAAUCCUGUCAUGUUGAUUUCUAGUGUACAAGAUACUGUCUGCUGUGUUCUGUAUUUUUUUAUUUUUUGACUAAUUGUAUGGAAAGUUGUCAGUAAAGCCUUUGUCAGAGGAUGGAUUUUUAAUCCUG